CCUAUUAAUGUAUAUUGUAUAAGAUCAGUUGGAAAAUGUAUUAUUCGCUAUAAGAAACUUACUGUUUUUUAUAAUAUAGAUAUUAGAUUAACAAUUAAUAAAUUAUAAAACUUAAAUAAUUAUUUGGAUUUAUCUUAAUUAGUUUAUAUCGAUCAAGACAAUUUUUCAAGUAUUCCAUUACAAUGGCUUCCAACAAAAAAAAGGAAGGGAUAGUAAUUGCUCUGGAUAUCGGAAAAAAUUCAUUACAAUUGGAUAUGAAUGGAAAAAGUUAUUUUGAUCAAUCUUUGCAGUGCGUUUCUAUGAUUAUACAAAGAAAGUUAUUAAUGGAAAGCAAAGAUGAAAUAGCGUUAAUACUAUUCGGAUCAUCUCAAACAAAUAAUGCUUUGGCUUCGAAAGGUCCAGGCUAUCAAAAUAUAGAGGUUGUAGUAAAUUUAGGUUUAGCGUCAUGGAAUUUAGCAAAAUACAUCACCACAAUUGCUCCUACAAAUGAAACGCCUUCUGACUGGCUCAGUACUCUCAUUUUAGCUACAGACUUAUUGAAAAAUGAAACUGAUGGCAAAAUUUUUACCGAUUUACAAAUUGUCAUGUUUUCAAAUUUCAUGGCCGACAUAUCUCCAGAUAAAAUAAAUAUAAUUAUGAAGUGUAUCCAAAUGUUGAAUAUUAAAUUGUCGUUGAUAGGGAAAGACUACGAAGAUAUUGCUGGUAAUAACCCACUGUUGGAAAUGUUUAUUGAGCAAACUGAGGCACAAGCGGCUAGUUUGGAUUUGGCAGUGUCUCAGUUGAAUCAUUAUAAACAAAAGGAAGUUGUUCCUAGAGCUUGGGUAGUUCCCUUGAGUUUCGGAAAUGUAUUCAGCAUUAAAGUUUGCGGUUAUAAAAAGUUAGAUGAGUCUCCUAAAAACCACAAAUGGUUGUUAUGUAAAAGAGACGAUAAACCUGGAUCAAUAACUCCAUUAAAAACCGAGACUUUGUAUUAUUAUGUUCAAAACGGCAAAAAGAAAGAAGUCAAUCGAGAUGAUUUAAUUGAUGGUUUUCGUUUUGGUGAUACAAUUAUACCGAUUUCAAACAUAGAUAAAGACGCGUACGCCUAUAAAUCCGGUCAAAAAAGUAUGUACGUUUUAGGUUUUACAAGUAUUCAUAAUAUACAUCGAUCAUGUUUGAUGAGUGGCGCAUCGUAUAUUUUUAAGCCAUCGGAUCAAGAGAGUACGCCUGCUUUUGAGGCUCUAUUCAAAGCAAUGUCUCAAAAAAAGGAAGUUAUGAUUGUGAGAAAAGUUUACGUAGCCAACAGUGUGCCAAGCAUUGGUGUUUUGUAUCCGGUGAUUGACGAUGGUAAAAACAUGUUUGUAUAUGUAAAUUUACCUUAUGCUCAAGAUGUGAAAAAACAGAAAUUGCCAUCGCUCAACAAGUAUAAGUCUACUGAAAAACAAAAAGACCUCUUUCGCGAUCUGAUAAAGUCUAUGGAUUUGAAUGAUGACGAUGAAGGUCAUUUUAUGCCAGAGUAUACGUACAGCCCUCAGCAUCAAUUUUUAAAUCAUUUAAUUGUACAAAAGGCUAUUAACCCUGAUCUAGUUUUACCGAAAGAAGUACCUGAAAAUAUCAAGACACUAUUAUAUCCUCCAUCUGUAUAUCAAAAACGGGCUCGGUCGUCGUUAAUUAAAAUUAAAGAAUUAUUUUCGCUUGUUUCCAAAGUGGAUGAAACAACUACAAAAGGUGAUAAUUUAGUCGCUGCUAGUAAUGAAAUCCCAUUGACGGCCAACGAUGAAAUCGAAAAGCCGUGUGUAAUCACAGCGUUCAGCCCGGUCGAAGAUUUUAACAAGCUCUUGGAAGAAGGAAUCGAUUCUGGAAUUGUUUGCAAAACUAUGAAAAAUCUAACCGUAAGUCUCAUCGAAUCGAGUAGUAGCUUAGAAGAGUUGGAAAAACCUGUGUCGACUUUGAAAACAUUAAGGGAACAUUAUGUCUACAAUAAAGAUGUAAAUUCCUACAAUAAUUGGAUGCCUCAUAUAAAAGACGCAGUUUUAUUGUCUGGCAAAGAAGAGUUGUGGCCACAAUUCAUUGAUAGUGGGAUAGGUUUAAUUACAAAUGAAGAGGUAGAAGACAGCACAAUAUCUCAAGAAAUAGCCAAUAAAUUCAUGGAAGUUGAGUUAAUUGAAGACGUUGAAGCAGAGAUGAUUUUUGAAGACGAUAAUCCGCUUAAUGAAUUCCUCUAAGUCAAAGAUGAAAUUAUCAUUUGUAAAGAACGAUCAACAGUAUUGUUUUUGAUCAUACUUACUAGUGAUUUUAAAAUUGUGUAACAUUAUUACUUAUAAAAAAUUUUCUAUUUUGUUAUGUUUUUUUUAU